AUGUCCACCAGGGACAGCCACGACUUCCUAGUUCCCACCGCCUGUAGCCUCACCACAGAGCCACCAAGCCCUGCUUUACCUAGGCCAUUAAAACGUUGGCCACGGGAAGCCUUUCCGAGCCCUCGACUCAGAAGUAAGCUGUCCCCCGUCCCCGAGAGCCGUGGCAAACCCGACAGCGAAACUAACGCGGCUGAACUGCGGUUCCUGCCGGGUGCCCGGUCCCUGUCCCUCGGCCCGCCUUGGCCCACGCGCGGCAGCGGCCGGGGCGGCGCCAGCAGCGAAAGGUUGUCAACGAAACAAGCGCACAAUCAGAUUGUACCCGUCGGUAGUUGCCGUCGAUUCCGCUGGGUUGAGGAUUUGCCCCACAAAAUCCUGACAUCAAGAAGAAGUGGCUGGACUGUAGCUGAGCCAUGUGCUAAGAGAUACAAAGUUUGGGUACAAACAUUGUCAGCGUAUCAUGGUAAGGAUGGCUGCAAGAAACGUCUUCGGAAACUCACCAGGAAUGCCGCACUUCAGAAAGAUGUGUUCUGUCCAUCGGGAUUGGAACACCCUACCGAUGUUCAGGCUUUGAAGAAUGCUUAUGAGUUGAUCAAAUCAGCCAGUCAAGGAAAAUCUGCACUUGACUCAUCAGAUAACUUCAGCACCGACUUGUAUGUUUUAUGUGCUGAACAAGCAUUUCAGCUGGGAUAUCUGGAAAUGAGCAGUGACUGUCUACAGAUGUAUUUUAAAGGAAGAUUUCCUGUGAACCAGUUUCUUGGCAGAGCAUAUUUGUGCCAAGGCCAGUUGCACACUCCACUCUCUACAGAUAAUUUGGAAGAGUUUGAAAAGUUUGUGCUGUUUUUCAUGAAGGCAAUAGAUUUUGCCACCCAUGAUCGAAGAUACUAUUUUUUGAUAUAUAAUGCCUCAGUUCUUUAUUGGCAACUUGUGAGGCCAUAUCUUAAGCCUGGAUUCCGCUAUUGUCUUAUUCCCAGCCUUUCUCAGAUUGUUAAAGCGUUAAACCAAACUGAAGAGCAAGACAAUGAAUGGAGAGCAGAACUCAUGAUAAAUUUACUUGAGUGCUUCCUUGAUGCUUCAAAACUGAAAGAAGCAAAAGAGUUUUCAUCUACUGCAGCAGUCUUUAUUAAGGACAACGUUCCAGAUAAAUACUCUCAAAUAUUUUCUCUAAUGGUAUAUCACAAGCUAAUGGAUAUUGCCCAGGUAGAGAAGGAAGUACAAAAUUCCAUCCAUUUUUCAGUUAUUUAUAAAAUGCAGAUGUUAAAAUUGCAGUGGGACACAAAUGAAUUUCCAAGUGAUGCCACCGCAAAUCUGAAUUCUGUAUACGUACUUUUGAAACAAUACGAUGUACCUCCAGCAUCUGUUCUCAGUGUGAAGAUUCCUUUGAUUCUGGAAUUAGCUCGUUUUUCUAUGAAAGUAAACUGCAUUAAGCUCGCAUAUGAUUGUAUACUUGAUUUGAAGAGAGCUGGGAUUACUGAGCAAGGGAAGCUUAUUGAAAUAGAAUGCCUGGAAUGUGAAUAUGAAAUUAAAAAAAUUGGCACUAAAAUUGUGACUUACACCAAAGGAAUUGUUGAGGCUCAGCUGGAAUUGAUAAAAAAUCUUGAGUUAACCUUAAAACAUGCAGUUCAAUUGGGAGAUCCUGAUGUGAUUCAGGUUGUUUGUACAACCCAGUGGAAUCUGUGCUUACCACUACUACAACACAAUUUGCAUCAACAUGUGCGAAAGCCGUUGAUAUCAGUUGCUAAUGUCCUUGAAGAGAUUGACAGCAUGUUGGUUUUGUUGCGUUGCCAAGUUCAUAUGGAAAUAGCUCGUAUUGAAGAAGAUGGGGAUAGAAUAGAGGCUGCUGUGGAACAUUUGCAAAAAGCUAUACAUCUAAACAACAGUGGGCAGUAUCAAGAACAUCUAAGAUUGACUUUUAACCGUCUUCGUUUGUGCACUAUGCUGUAUAAGUCACCUGAGCGCCUAGAGGAUCGGGCAGUAAUGAUGAUUGAACAGGCUAAAAGGGGAAAGCAGAAGGAUAAUGUGAGGAAAAAGAGGUCUCUUCUGGUAAAUGCAGGUCUUGCACUAGCUCCUGAUUCAUUUCAAAUAGUCCUUGACAGUGAAAAUGAAACUAAAGUUUCCUCAGGUAAAAGUAGGAGUCAAAUAAGCUACCUCCGUGCAAAAGCACAACAUCAUAUUAAAAGUGUGGAGAAAGUUGAUGAACAUUUGAAACACUUAAGAAAUGAAAAUGACAGAGAGAGAAUUAUACUUUGGGCAGAUUUGGCAAAAGUUGCACGUAAACAAGAAGUAUGGGAUGUCUGCCGUGCAGCAUGCAGAUUUUGUCUCUUGUAUGAUGAAACUUUGUUUAGGAGGGUAACAAAACCUAAAAAAACACAGAAGAAGAAAGCUAGUACAACUAUGAUGGAUGAUGAUCAAGGUGACAGCUUACCAGGAGAAUCAUUACUACCUGCUAAAUCCUUCUCUUUUGAAAGAGAUUUACUGAGAAUAUUAGCAGAAAUAAGAUUCAUUAAUGCAGAGGCAACUGUUCAUUUAUUAAGAUUGCAGGGAAUUGAACUGAAUGAUCAUGCUGUACCUCCAGAAGAUACAAGCCAGUAUCAUCCAGGAUAUGUUUCAUGUCUUCCUGAAAGUGAUCCAGAAUGGAAAACAUACAGUUUAUGGAUAGACUACUUAUCUCAGUACGCUAUGGAAAACUUCCAACGUGCAGCCAAAAUAGGAGAAGAAUUGAAUGAAGCCUGGAUUGUUCACAAUGCUGUGGUGUAUAUCUUAAACUACAAUAGACAUCUUAUCUCUUCAGGAAGACAGAGGGAAAUUAUUGCAUAUCUGCAGACUCUUCUUGGAGCCGUCAAGACAGUUGGGCAUAAUGGAAGUACUGAGAUUUUAUUGAUGUUAUGUAAUGCUUUGGCUCGGGGCUUAAUUCUUUGUUGGAUUCCAAAGCCAAAACUUGCUGAGAAGAAAAAAAAAGAUGCAGCAACAGACAGAAGCAGAAAAGCUGCAGCAAAGAAACAUGAAAAAGCAAAUGUUGUCCAGUCUUUCUCAGUAGAUCCCAGUGGACUUUCUGAUAUCAAAGCUGCCUUAGAGAUUUGUGAAUUUGCCCUAAAUGUGACAACUGGAACCAUAACUAAUGAAACAGUACCUAUUGCUGCACAACAGAUCAUUGCUACAUGGGUGAAAGCAAAACAGUUACAUCAGCAGCAGAUCGGAUAUAAACUUGGGACUGAGGAGGAGAAUAAUGAUGAAGCACAAAAUCCUAUGGCAAGAAUUCUUGUUGGUCUAGAAAUGUAUUCAUGUAAUGGCUUGGGUCUCAUGGAUUUCACUGUUCCUAGCUUAUCUCAGUUAGUGAAAUUGGCUUUAGAAUGCAGUUGGUCAGAUUCCUUAGUGGAAUUGCAGACACUGACACGACUUACUUAUUUUGCAUAUGUAUCACAUGAAUAUGAAAUAGCAAUGACUUGUUCCAAAAGGAUCUUGCAAUCAGAUGAGAAAUUUUUCCAAAACAGAGAUACUAAGAAAUAUGAAAUUAACAGAGUGAGACAAGAAAUGUUAAGCACUACUGCCUGUAUACAAGGAAAGAUUAUAAUGGAAAAUUUGUCUGGAAGAAAACAUUUGCGUGUAGCAGCGUCAAAAGCCUUUGUUCAGAGUGCCAGGUACGCAGGUGAAGCUGGAAAUUAUUCCCUUGUAAUGUUUGCAGCUAGACACUUUUGGAAUACAUGUUUACCUUUGCUGGGUUCUCCACAUGACAGAGAGCAGUUUAAAGAACCUACUGAAAUAAUUCUUAAGAAUAUAAUUAAAGCAGAAUCUAAAAAUGAACAGGAGAAGAAAGAUACGUUGCCUUUGCAUCAGUGGAUUACAAAGGAUUUUCAAAGUAUUGGGUUAUCAGUUGGAUGCUUUCUACCAGGUGCUGAGGAAGAUCUGACAUUAAGAACCUCCCUAUAUGGGUUAUUAUUCCACAUAUAUGCUGAUAAAGCUGAUUGGGAGACAGCACUAAAAGUCCUGGAUGAAGCUAUUCAAGUUUUGCCUCAGACAAGACACAGGCUCCUGAUUUUUAAACAUAUGGCUACAGUGAAGGCAGGAUUGGGAUGCAAUUUUAUGAUGGACAUUCAGAAAUUCAGAGGUGAAAGUGAAGAUUAUUUGUCACGUAUGUGGCGUCAUCUGGUAACAGUCUCCAGAAGUGCUGUUGGACAGUUAAGCUGUUUUCAAAAUGCAAUUAUUGCUUUACAGAAACAAGAAAAUGAAUGGCAGAAAGUUGAUUAUCUGAUGGAAUUUGCUGAAUGGUUAUAUUGUAACCAGUUUCCCCUCAAUGAUGUUAUUAAACCUCUGGACUGGGUAGUAGAUCUCUUGCUGCAUAUGAAAUUUUCUAUGCAGUCCUCACAAGAAGAAGAAAAAAAUACUAUACCAAAAUUUUCACCUACAGAAAAUUUGAAGAUAGACAUUGGAGCAAAUGAUACCAUGCCCCAAAUUAAUUUGGAAGAUUUGAGUAAUAUUAAACAAUUGGAAGCUUUGUUUAGAGCACAGACGUUAAUGGCUUUAUUUUCUGGUCAUAGUUCUCCUUUUCAUCAGCAGCACUGUUUGAUGGCAUAUGCUUGUAUCGUCCGUAUCUGGCAGGUAUCGUUGUCAGCAUCAGGACCUAUUACAAAAAUAUUAUCAAAGUCUUCACAACUUACAGCUCCUCAGAAGGUACAGUCAAUAAUUGCUCCUAAAAAAGAGAAAGGCAAAAAGAAAGAGAAACAAAGGUCAAAAAAAAAAGACAAAACUUCAAAGGAUAUUAAGCAGAUACCUUUUUUUUUUAAUAAGCCUAGAGGGAAAGGAUCAGUUGAUACCUUACCAGCAAAUGUGGAAGAAUGGGCUCAUUAUGACUGUCCCAAUGAAAUCAGAGAUACUUUUAAACAGAAAACAAAUAGUUACGGUAUUAACUGGGAUAAUUUCCCAAAACCUACUUGCACUUUGUAUUUUAUGGACCUUUUAUCUAAAGAACUACAGAAAAUUUUUUGCCCCCACUUGAUUCUUCCCGUCUUUCAGCUAGCUGAAGUUAUUGCUAAUGAAGUUGUGGAAUGUAGAAGUCUGUCUGAUCUCUAUCACCUUCGAAUUGCCCUGAUAUGUUCAGACCUAAAACUGAGUCAGGCAUCUUUGUAUCAUGAGAAAGCUGCUGGAGAAGCAUACAUUAGUGAAUUAGAACAAGCAAUGUGUAGGCAAGAGAUUGCACUGAAAAAAGAAAAAAAAUUUUUUGAGUUAAAUGCGGUAACAGGAAAGGGACUGAGUGCACUUUCUUUCCCUUACUUGUGGAUGGAAAAAGCUGAAGUACUAAUUCAGCUAGGCUUGUAUCAACCAGCAAGACUUCUGCUUUCAGAGGCCCAUGCUGCAACUCAGGAAUUGAGGGCCCUGUACGAUGUGUCAAGGUGCUUGUACUUAUUUGCUGUGUUGGCUAAUCUGGAAAGAAACCACGGACAAGCUAAAGCACUCCUUGAGAAAGCACAGCUUCUAGGAGGAAAUGAACAGUUUUGGUACAACAGUACUCUUAGUCUAAUAGAAGCAAUUCUUGAGGAAGAGGGGGAAGGAAAACAGAGCAUGGCUUGUGAGAUACUGGAACACACUGUAAAUGUGCUCAGAUCUACUUUACUGAAGAGACCUAACAGACAAUCAGAGUUGGGUUUUAUAAUUGCAUCCCUUGAAGCCAGGAAAACACUUAUUCAGAUACAUUUUGCCCAAGAUUGUAUGACAAUUAAUGCUGAGUCUUGUCAGUUGCCACAUACGCUACAGGAAUCUUACAAUAAAUUAGUUCAAAUUGAGAAGGACUUCUUUCAUUAUGGGCAUAAAAACUGCAGCGCUGAGGUACUGCUAGAAUGUGCAAAUAUUCACAGGAUGAUUGCCAAGCAGGAAAGAAACGAACAAGAAAAACAUAGUCACUAUCUAGAUGCUUAUGACUUAGCUCAAAGGGCAGUAUCCAAAACAGAGGAAGUGUUUCAUAAUGUUUGCAGCUUAUUUGCAGUUAAUGAGACUACAAAUAUUAGUAUCCCAUUAAUGAGGCAACUAGCUAACAGGAAGAUAAAUCUUGUAGAAAUUCUUUUGGAUAUUUUUCAUCUUGUUAUUACUGAGAAAAAGCUUAAAAAGACUACAAAUAUUAGUAUCCCAUUAAUGAGGCAACUAGCUAACAGGAAGAUAAAUCUUGUAGAAAUUCUUUUGAUAUUUUUCAUCUUGUUAUUACUGAGAAAAAGCUUAAAAAGGUGGGAGAAGCAUCGUCUCAUAGAAUUGUGGAGGCAUUCAUCAGGGGAACUAGAAGAUGAUGCAGCAGAACAGGAUUGGAAGCAUAUGGAAUGCACUGUGAGUCAUAUUGCACUGGCCCAGUUAGCAAACGUACAGAAUCUUUGUAAAGGCUGUCCUGACAUCAAAUCCAAAUGCCUAUAUCUCACUGGAAAAACUCUUCAUUUACUUGCCAUUAACGUAGAUCCUGUACAUUCAGAGAUUUAUUGGAAGCCAGAUGUUAUGGAAGAAGCUAAAUCAGACAUCACAAAAACUUUCCUGACUUCAGCAGGUUGCAGUGAACAGGAAGUGACAGACAGCAGAUUACCGACUAAUAAAUGUCAAUAUGAUAAGUAUAGGAGGAAAAUACAGGAAUUAAAGAAGGAACAUAGGUUGGCUCAGAAAUAUCUUUCUCAAUCCAGUGAAGCUUUGCUACAGUGUAUGGGUAUUGCAUUCAGUCAUGAUAUUACUGAUGUACUGGCUCCUGCUAGUUUUGAAAUGGUUGAAUGCUUUCGACAAUUCGAUCCAGUUUCAACGAGCCAGUUCUUGGCACUUCAUCAGAGCUGUUCAGCGUCUAUGAUGAUGAAGAGUAUCCUUCUAACAGCUACAUCUAACACCAGCAGCUCUCAGCUGGCAGCAUUACUGCAUCUUCAGAAUCAUUUAAAACAAAACAGAAACACAAGUGAUCUUCUAAAAAAUGUGGAACAGCAACUGACUGCUACUUCAAUGGCAUGGAGAAAUCUCUGUGUUCCUGUUGAACAUUUUAAUAUAAUGGAUGAAUUGCCAUCUGAUUUCUGCAUAAUUAUUCUCCAACAUUCAGAAGACAGAUCAAAUUUGUACAGUUCAUUGAUUGACAUGCCAAAAGUAAGUACUGCACAGCAAAAAGGAAAACCCACUCAGCCAAUGGUGCAAGCUAAAGUUUCUCGAUUUCCUGUGAAUCCUGAUACAUUUAGUAUUUUGUUGGAAAAAGUGCAUCUUUACAAGCAGCAAAAGAUGAAGAGUCAUCUUAAACAGACUGUCAUUCAAAACUUGCAAGAGUGUGUCUCCAAAACAGAUGUGACUCCAACAGAGAAAAUAGAUGAUUAUGGACAUGAUUUGACAUCAGAUUUCUCAGAAAUAUUAGAAAUUAUGGAAGAAUAUCUGAAACCGGUGCUGUCACAGUUUGAUUUUUCUGAUAUCAGAGAACAGAGCACAUCAGUUUCAGCAGCUGAAUCAGGAAAAAUAAAAGUGAAAGACAAGGACACCAAACACACUAGAAUGCGGGGUACACCUAUGGAUUUAGGAUUGUGUGUGGUAUUACUAGCAGAUACAUUAUUUAUGGAAUUGCCUUUGGAAGCUCUGAGUAUCUUUAAAUAGGAAGGAAUAAGUUCUGUAUCCAGAGAUUUUUCUCUCCAGAUUCUCUACAAUCGAGUACAUCUGGCUGAAUCAGAAACAAAACCAAAAGCUCAUCAGAAAAAGAAUGUCAAAAUGGCACCAGUUAAUCGUGAUUUACCCUCUAAUUGCUUAUCUGUUGACACUCAUAAUUUUAAAUAUAUUGUGGACCCCUAUAAUGAAGGAAGAGAGGCAGAAGCUUUAAGUCCUUCACAAAAGAUAAAGGAAAUCCUAGAAAAAUACCAUGAUCUAUUUACACUACAGUGGGAAGGAGUUAUUGGCAACAUACGUGUUCCAAGCCAAGCUGAAUGGGAGCAGCUGCUGACAACCUGCAGUGCAUUUCUAUUCUAUGGGAUGGAGAGACUAAUGUCUCAAAUUUUACUCAACAGACUGGUUGCUAUGAACAUCCCAAAGUGCCAUUUGAUGAUAAUUCUAGAUCUGGUGCGAUCAAAGCAAAGUUAUCGAAGAAUUACAAACUCUGAUAUCCACAAAAGUUGUCUACAUAUUGCUAUAGAGAGACCAAAAGAGACAGCAAUGCUUCUAAGCCUUACUGGUGUUCGUUCUAUAAUAGCCAACCAGUGGUACACUACCUUGCAAGAGAAUGCAGAAAGGCUAGAAAUUUUGUUUGAGAGAGGUAAACUGCAUACAGGAGCCACCGUGUUGUUGACAGGUUGA